UUAGCCUUUGCCUUUAUUUCAGUAUGGUUAUGUUUGUCUUCUGCUAGCAGAUCGGUAGAGAACUUUGAAAAAUUUAAUCAUUUUUGUAUAUUGCUUAUUAAUGCACGACGAGCCAUAAUAUAACAGUAUAAUUUAUGUACCAAAUUUUCACAUAAUUUAUAUUUUUUAAUUUUCACGAAAAACGAAUACAAUGUUUUUCAAGAAAAUUUUGAUGCCGUGCGGAUUAUGCGCGAUACCUGCGGUAAAACCAGCAAAUCUAUUGAACGAGAAAAUGUCACCUUAUGGUAAUGAACCAGGAGUCAAGAUACUAGUUCGACCCUCUGAACUACCUAUUUAUUCCUUUGAAGACUCUAAAGAAAUUCCAUGUACAGAACCCCCACCUUCGGCUCUAGAACAGAACAUAUCUAAAAUUCGCAAGUCGAUUCAAGCAGUCACAUCUGAAUAUCAACAUUAUACUGGUGCUAUCUCGGACAAAAUCGACAUUGGUAUUGAACAUAGCAGAUCUCUUUUAGAUUAUUUACGUGAGGAAAGUAAUGUUAUGCCACGAAUGGGCGCUAUUGCUAUUGGUGGAAUAGCUGGGUUAGUGCUUGGACUUAGAGGACGCAAAUUCAAAAGAAUAAUGUAUUCCAGCGCGGGUGCUCUUACUAUGGCAGCUAUCUGUUAUCCUAAGAAGGCAGAAGAAGGAUUUGACAUGGCUAAACAUUAUGUGAACGUUGGCUACAAUUUUAUUUAUGGUGUUAAACCAGGUGACAAUCGACAGCUACAAAUCACAAUGCCGGAAAUGCCGAAAAUGCCAACAUCUUUUUCGGAAUUUGUAGAUUUAGCGAUUGUCACAGGUUCAACAGUGGCUACCGCUGUUGUUAAUUUUGCACAGAGUGCAUAUACAUCUUUAAGCGGUAACAAGAAGGAAAACCAAUCGACAGCCAAAUUAGACACUAAGCAAGAUUAAGUGUUUUGCAACAAUAAUAGUACAAUGUAGCAAAGAAUAAAUGUAUAAAAGUUCUGUUAAUGACAUUUUAGAAGAUUAUUAUGAAUUAUUUGAAUAAAUCAUACAUCAGGUACAUACGAAA